CGGGGUGGGUAGUUAUGCCCUCGGGCUUUGGGUUCGAGGGGGUGAACUCUCUUGAAGCGUAGGGACUGCUGGGGGACGAAUGUGGAAAAGUAAGCAGGGAUGACAAUGAGCCUGGGAUGCUUGCGAGCGCCGGUUAUAAGCUCGACAAUCGCGCGUCAUUCCCCUGCCUCCCCCGCCGAGUUCCGGGAUGGUUCACGCCAGCAGCGCGCGAGGCUUGAAGAGCAGGACGUGGCGCGCUUCUGUUAGGCAGCUUCCCGUCAGCGCGGCCCUAUGGAUUCCCAGCUGGUUGAGGCUCGCGCUUUGGAAGCCGAGAUCACCGCUCUGAGGCGGGCGUGCGUGGAGCCGCCGGCGCCCGGGGAAGACACCUCCCGAGUUCGAAAAUCAUUUCGAGAAACAUACCAAGCAGAUUCUGAAGGAUGGGAAUUGUCAAAAGAUCUGAGAAGUCAUCUUGGACAUUUAGAAUCAGAAAUUCAGUUUCUAAGUACGCUUACUGGCAUCAGUAUAAGACAUUACUCCAAGAAGACAGAGGACCUAACGAGCACUGAGAUGACAGAAAAGAGUAUAAAGAAAGUUCUGCAGAGACACAGAUUAUCAGGAAAUUGCCACAUGAUUACGUUUCAACUUGAAUUUCAACUUCUGGAAAUCCAGAAUGAGGAGAGUUUAUCUUCUGUUAUUACUGACCUCAGCAUAAUAAUGGAACCCACCGAAUAUUCAGAAUUAAGUGAAUUUGUGUCUAGAGCAGAAGAAAGAAGAGAUCUGUUUAUGUUUUUCCGAAGCCUACACUUCUUUGUGGAAUGGUGUGACUAUCGUAAGCGCACAUUUAAACGUUUCAAGGAAAAGUACCCAGAGGCUGUGCACCUUUCAGAGGGGGCCUCCUCCAGCUGCAUGGGCAUCAGGAACCCCAGCCGACCAGGGUUUGAACUAGUAAUUGUUUGGAGGAUACAAAUAGAUGAAGAAGGAAAGGUUUUGCCAAAGCUGGAUCUUCUCACCAAAGUGCCGCUGCAAGCCCUGGAACUGGACAAGAACGGAGUCAUAGAAACUGCUCCUCUCAGCUUCCGAACCCUACUGGGCGUGCUGGGCAUUGAAGCCACUCUGGAAAGUCUGAUUAAAUCACUUCACACAGAGAGGGUGAUGGUUUUCAGACAGUCCAGACCAGCCAGGACAGGCAACAGGAGGCUACCCAGCCCACCUCCUUGAGGAGCUGGCGUUCCAGAGCUCUGCACACAGGCACUCAGGGUCCUCUACACACCCUGGCCAAGACCAUCCUCACCCCAGGCCAGCAACAAGGAACCUCAGGCCAAAACAACUCUGGAAGCUGCCUACUUCCACACACUCUGGAGCCUGCAACUUGCCCAUGAGAACGCGGCUCCAUGCACAUCCCUAUGAGUGGAAUCUCCAAAGCCCCUGUACCCCAACACACCACAUGAAUGAGAAAUGUGUGUCAUUUGAAUAUGUUUUUGAACCUCUGAGUGUAAAAUUAAGUAGUAAGUGGUAAAUGGUAGUAAGAAGUAAAUGAUAGGACAGAAUUGGAGAAUAAAUUCUGGAAG